AUGGCGACCUGCCCACACAUCAAAGACCUCGCCCCUCCAAAGCCCACCGACGCCGUCUACCGCGAAGACUGCACCCUCUGCUUCGACAGCAUCGAUGACCCAGCCGGCCUAGACGUCUGCCUGCACUGCUUCAACGGUGGCUGCGCAGGUGACAGAACCCACUCAAACCUCCACGCCGUACAAUUCUCCCACCCGCUCGCCCUCAACAUCAAACGCACUCGCAAGAAGAAGGAGCGGAAGGAUGGCCAGCCUCCCGAGAAGAUCACCAAGCUCUCCAUCCAGGCCGAGACGGAGCAGGAUAGAUACGACACCAAGACUGACGUGCACUGCCUGGCAUGUGGCACCCACGACCUCGCCAUGGACAACGGGAUCGUUGACGCGGUGUUACAGGCCAACACGUUCGCGAGGGAAGCGGAGGUGCAAGCAUGGGAACAAGAGCUGAAGCCGUGCCAGCAUACUCAGACUCUGAAGCAGUUAAGCGACAGCGAAUACUUCACCGGCGAUCUAAGCAAAUGCAAGAGCUGCGAACUGAAAGAGAACCUCUGGCUCUGUUUGACCUGUGGUAACAUUGGUUGCGGACGGAAGAUGUUCAUGAACAUGGGGCCUCCCGGGAACAACCACCAAGUAGACCACAACGCAUCGACGGGUCAUCCUGUGGCGGUGAAGCUGGGGUCUCUGACAGCAGAUGGUCACGCAGAUGUUCACUGCUACGCCUGCGACGAGGAGGUCAUCGACCCUGAUCUGGUGAAGCAUCUACUCCACUGGAAGGUUGACGUGCAAGGGAGGACAAAGACGGAGAAGAGUGUGACGGAGAUGCAGCUGGAGCACAACCUCACCUACGACUUCAGCAUGACGACGGCAGAAGGAAAGGAGCUCAAGGCACUGUAUGGACCAGGUCUGACAGGCCUGAAGAAUCUGGGCAACAGCUGCUACCUCGCCUCCAUUCUACAAUCCCUCUUCUCCAUGCCUGAAUUCCAGAAGCGCUAUUGCCAGCCAGACCAACCGCCCGCGCCUGCCCUUAAGCCUGCAGAGGAUCUCGAAGUGCAAUUACGCAAGAUGGCGGAUGGCCUGCUGUCUGGUCGGUACAGUGUGCCGGAAAACACCAAUGAGGAACAAGAGCAAUCCUGGCAACGCGGCCUGGCUCCUGCCAUGCUAAAGCACCUCAUCGGCAAAGGCCACUCUGAGUUCAGCACAAUGCGUCAGCAAGAUGCGUUCGAACUGCUACUCCAUCUCCUCAAACUCAUCUCUCGCUCGCAACAAUCUGCUCGUGUCCAAUACCCCGACGCUAACGACCCGGUCGACGCCUUCCGCUUUGUCAUGGAGCAGAGGCUGCAAUGUCUCACCUGCUCCAAAGUUCGCUACAGCCUGGAGGAGAUGGAGAAUCUGUCGGUCGCUGUGCCUGUCAAGAAGCUUCCGCAGCCAGAAGUACAGAUGACCGAUGGCGACAAGGGCGAGGUGAAGGAAGAGUUCGAGCCAGUGACGUUCAAGCAAUGCCUCGACGACUACACAAAGCAGGAGUAUGUCGAGCUGAAGUGUGGUGAAUGUGGCGGCCCAGAGUUCAGCAAACAGACAAAGUUCAAGACCUUCCCUACUAUCUUGGCAGUCAACGCUCGCCGCUUCGAACUCAUCAAUUGGGUCCCCACCAAACAAGAUGUUCCUGUGAUCGUCGGCGACGAGCUCAUCGACUUCGAGCCCUACCGCAGCACAGGCAAGCAACCAGACGAAGUCGAGCUACCAGAAGAUGCUGCCGCCUCAGCACCUGCAAAGAACGCCUUCGUCCCAGACCAAGGCAUGCUCGACCAACUAACAGCCAUGGGCUUCCCCGAAGUCCGCUGCACCAAAGCCCUCCACGCCACCGGCAACGCCAACGCCGACAUGGCCGCUUCCUGGCUCUUCGAGCACAUGGAGGACCCAGACAUCGACGUCCCUAUGGACCUCCCGGGAGCUGGCGACGGCGGAGCCGGAGGCGGCAGUGCAGCCGACCCCGAGAAGAUUGAGAACCUGGGCAACAUGGGCUUCUCCGCCCCGCAGGCCCGGCAAGCUCUCAAGGAAACCGGCGGCGACAUGGAACGCGCUGUGGACUGGCUCUUCUCGCACCCAGAUGCUACUGGCGAUUUCGGCGACGACGAACCUGCAGCCCCCUCGACCUCUGAAGCCGUCCCGCCAGCGGGCGUGAAGGAUACCCGCCCGGCGAAAUUCGCGCUCAACAGCAUCGUCUGCCAUAAGGGUAGUAGUAUCCACGCCGGGCACUACGUGGCUUUUGUCAAGAAGCAGUUACCGCAGAGUGAAGGCGGUGGGGAGGGGUGGGUGUUGUUUAAUGAUGAGAAGGUGGCGUUGGGAGGGGAGGCGGAGGAGAUGGGGAGGUUUGCUUAUGUUUAUUUUUUUCGGCGGGAGGGGGUUUGA